AUGGUCGAAGGAUUUUUACCAAUCGCCACGGAAGGAGUCCUUUUGCCCAAAUUACACGAGCACCGUUGUGUUGUCACGUUGCCUGAUCGGUUACACGUUUCCAAGUCCACUCGGAAGAAGGCCAAAGGCUUUACCAUUUCAUUCAAUCAAGCGUUCGAGGAGGUCGUGGAAGGAUGUCGAGCACAACACGGGCCGCAGUGUUGGUUGUAUCCAUCUUUACACCAGCACGCUUCGCCCCUGGAGAGCACGGGAAAGACGUGUACAAUUCAUUUGUACUCGGUCGAAAUUUGGAACAACGAUCGCCAAUUGGUUGGCGGGGAAUUGGGAUACACGGUAGGUAGUGUCUAUACUUCGCUCACCGGGUUUUCCGCGCAAGAUUCUGCGGGUUCUGUCCAGUUGGCGGCUCUCGGACAUUUGCUAUGCCAGCUCGGAUUCACACUUUGGGAUUUAGGUAUGGAGAUGGAGUACAAACGAAAUCUGGGCUCGCAGCUCGUGCCUCGGGCCGUCUUUGUGGAU